AUGCCUCCCACUGAGGACACGAGCUUUCGAGUGGCGAUUGUGUGCGCUCUCCCCCGUGAGGCUGCUGCUAUGUCUUUGCUCUUCGACGAACUUUGGGACGAAAUGAGCGACGACGGAAAAGGCACAGAGCAGAAUACAUAUGUCACCGGUCGCAUCGGACAGCACAAUGUCGUCCUGGCCACUUUACCUGGCAUGGGCACAAUCCAUGCGGCAAGAGUUACUGUCAAACUCAGAGGAAAAUAUAGAAGAUUGAGGCUAGCACUUCUCGUUGGCAUCUGUGGCGGUAUGCCUCGCAUCGCGAACCAGGACGCCUUUCUUGGAGAUGUAGUGAUCAGCAAAUCUGUCGUCCAAUACGAUUACGGCAAACAAUACCCUCGCCACUUCAAAAUCAUGAAGUACGUUGAGGACAGUCUCGCAAGUCCUUAUAUGGAAAUACGAUCAUUGCUUGCGAACAUUGAAGCGGAAAUGGUCGAUCGGAGACUAAAGCGUGCUGCUACAGGCCAUCUGAAACAUUUGCAAAACGCCGCGAAGCAAGACAAGAAUAGCGCCAACUAUCAAUAUCCCGGAGCGGUGAACGAUAAGCUGUAUCCCUCCGAUUACCAUCACAAGCACAGGAAGUCAUGCAGCGAAUGCACCAGCCAUCCAACUGCCAUGUGUAUACCAGCCCGCAAGGCCUCUUGCCUCGAUCUUGAGUGUGAUCCCUCUCGAUUGGUCCAACGGCGUCGGGUUUCGAAUCUUCCUGCAGGUGCAGACUACGUUCCGCAACUCUUCAUGGGUCGAAUUGGUUCAGCCAAUUGCGUUGUAAAAAGUGGCACAGAUCGCGAUAACUUCGCUACCAGGCAUGGUAUCAUUGCAUUUGAGAUGGAAGGCGCUGGCAUGUGGGACACUAUACCUUGCAUUGUAGUCAAGGGAAUUUGUGACUAUGCUGAUAGUCACAAAAAGAAAGACUGGCAAGACUACGCCUCAGCUACAGCCGCUUCCGUUGCUAAAGCCAUCGUGGAGCGCUAUCCGCUGGGUGAUAGUGAUGCAUCGUCAGCUCCUCUAGGCGGUAUGUUAUGGUUCUCUCCUUAUGAUACAAAGCUAACUUGGAUAGACUUGCGUGGUGCCAACCAGCGUAGCGUCGCUAGCAAUUCUGCUGGUGGUGGAACGUGGGUUAAUCAGGGUCACGCGACAUCCAUGCCUGGCCCUGGUCAAGUUCCAGGAGAGUACGACCCCAGAGAUCCCUCACGUUUUCCAGUCCGACGGUAG